UCAUUGUUAUUUGAUAAAAUAUUAAAUGAUAUGGAUGAACCUGGGGAAUUUGAUGGCAGUAACUCAAAACAAUGCUCUGCUUGCUAUUCCAAGAUUUUACAGAAAGCUGAAGAUUAUUUAUGGGGCCCCUCACGGCAAAGGGGGCAUAAAAAAAUUGAAUCUGUUAUUAAGGAAUACAAAGCUGAAGUUAAUCACAAAAACCAAAAUGGUAAAACAGCUUUGCAUUGGGCUGCAAAAAAUGGUUGUACAUUUAUCGUUGAAAAUUUGAUAGAAAACAAAGCUCAGGUUAAUGAUAGUGAUAAUAAUGGUGAUACACCAUUGUUUUAUGCAGUAGAAGCAGGUUAUGAAAAUGUCAUUAAUUUUUUGAUAAAUCAUCAAGCUGAUGUUAAUCAUAUUAAUAAUAAUGGUGAAAUAGCUUUGCAUAAAGCUGCAUAUCGUGGUCAUCGAAAAGUUGUUCAGAUUUUGCUUGAAAAAAAUGCCAAGAUUAAGUUUGCUAGUAAUAAUGGCUGGACAGCAUUACACUUUGCCGCUGCUGCAGGACAUAUAGGAGUGAUCAAAAUUUUGCUAGAACAUAAUGGUAAUAUUAAAACUACUAGUGAAUACAGUAAAACAGCAUUAUAUUGUGCUGCAGAAAAUAAGCACACAGAAACAGUCAAAUAUUUACUGGAAGUAGAAGCUAGAAGCGAUAAAGAUUUUAACAAACAGUAUUUCUAUCAUAUUUAUUUUGCUGCUAAGAAAAGAUAUGACAAUGCUGUUAAGUUACUAUUAGAAACAACUAAUAAUGAUUAUAUAAGAUUACAUUAUAUUGCAGGAAAGGGAUAUAUUAAAGCUGUUAAAUUUUUAUUAAAGGCUGGAGCAAAACAAGAUAUAAUUGAUGAAAAUGGUAGGACACCAUUACAUUGGGCUGCAUUUGAAGAUGAUGAAGAAAUAGUAAAGGAUUUAGUAGGAAAAAACAUUAAUUUAGUUGAAUUUACGGAUAACAAUAAAGAGACGGCAUUGUAUGAAGCAGUAUGGAAUGGACAUAUGAAUAUUGUGGAAUUUUUACACAACCAAGACAAAAAAAUUAAUUGUGAAAAUAUAAGUGGCUGGAAACCAUUACAUAUAGCCGCAAUUUCUUGUCAAGUUGAGGUUAAAGAAAAUAAGCAAACAUUAGAAGAAGAACAGAGUGAGUUAAAGAAAAAAUUAGUAUUAAGACAAAUCUUAGAAAUUUUAAAAAUUGUAGGCCAAACAAUAAGUGUUGUUGGUGGUCCUAUUGGAAUUGCUAGUGGUGUAAUAAAAGGAGGAGAUAAUAUAGUGAAAGCAUUUAUUUCAGAAGAGAAUAAAAGUAAAUCAAAAUUUGAAAUUCCUCAAGAUAUAAAAGAUUCUUUAAAGAAUAUGAAAGAAAUGGUUAAAUCUGAAGAAAAUGAGAUAAAGAUUGCAGAACAACAAUUAAAAAAACUGUCUUACGAAUGUAAUAAAUAUACAGACUUGUCUAAUAUAAAAGUAAAUUUAAUUAAGAUUCAAAAAAAAUUAAGUGAGGUUAAUUUUAAAAAAACAAUAGUAAAGGAAAUUAAAGAUGAAUUAGUACAAAUACAGACAAAAUUAGAAGAACUAAAAAAAAAGAAUGAAAAUGCUACUGCUAAUCAAAAAACAAGUGUUAAAUUAAGGGUAAUACAGGACUUUAAAGUUGGAAUUGAAACUAUUGAAAAUGUGAUUGAGUUAUAUGUCAAAUAUCAAGAAGAUAAAGAAAGACUUGAUGCAUUAAGUAAUUCAAUAAAGCAAGCAGAUGACGAAAAUAAAAUCAAUAACAAAUCUCACGUUUUUCUUGAUCUAACUAAAUGGAAAGUGCAAAAUUCAUUAGAAAGUAUUAGAAAUGAAAUUCAGAAAAUCUCUAAAGGAUUCGAUAUACAAGAAGAUACAAUUUGUUAUAUGGAAAAGUUGGAUGAAGGAAGAACUACUCUUAUUAAUAUAUAUGACUGUGUACAAGACUAUUAUGAUCAGGCAAAUCUUGCUAGUUAUAUUGCACAUAUUUAUUCUGCAACUAAUGAAGAAAGUGCUACUAUCGAAUUAGAACAAGAAAUAAGAGCCAAUAUUCUAACAGGGCAUUUUAAAAGAGCUAAAAGUGCAUUUAAUCAAUGGGUAUUUCCAUUAGCAAAUGAGUAUUUGAAAGCCUUAAAUUCACUGGAUCAAGACAUUGAUAACAAUAAAGACAUUGAUAGCAUAAUAUCGCAGAUAAACAUAUUGCAUUCAGUAAUUCAAGAACGCAAAUUAGCUAUUAAUAAUGAAGAUAGAUUUUUGGUAAAGGAAGAAUUUAGUAGUGAAUAUGAAUCCUCAAAUCCAUUUUUUGUAUGGGAAGGUAAUAUAUACAGUCAAGAAAUAUCAAAGUUGCUAAGCGGAGAAGAAAUUACUAUAAAGGCAGAAAUAACAAAAAGUGAUCAUGAUGACAAAAAUGCAAUCAAGAUAGGUAUUAAGUUUAAAUCAGAGAAUGAAACAAUACAAAAUGAAAUUGACCGUGAACUUAAACACUUUAAUGUUAAUAUGUUCAUUUAG